GCGCAUUCGAAAUAAUCGAAGUGGACGAGGCCACCAAAAUGGCACUAUCAAGACACAGAACAUUCCUAUGCCUGUUGACGUUUCGUGUCAUUUGUCAAUUUAUCAAUCAAAACAAACCAUUAUUUUUUUGAAUUUGUUGGUUUUUCUUGAAAUAUCGAACAUGAUGCGAAACGAACCGAGAAUAAUAAGCGAAAAGGACCAAGGGAAUUCGUUUUCGGCGUACGCGCGCAUGGAAGACCUGCUGAACAAACUAAAAUUGCUAAACUAUGAGUCUGAAUUUUUAAGUGACCUUAAAAUGAAACCAAUUCACAAAUACUACUUUGUGGUAACCAAAAACCCCGGGGAACAAUUUUACUUAUUCUCGCUGUUAGCCAGUUGGUUGAUUAACAAAAGUGGCAAACCUUUCGAGCGCCCUCAGGAAUUCGACGACCCCAACGAAAGCAUCGAAAGAAUACUGAACGAAGUCAAAGCGAACGAUAUGAUAGUCGAUUUCUCGCCUAAUAAAAUCAAACAGGGCGUCGGAGAGCACGUAGUAUCGAUUUUAGACCAUCUAGCCGACGUCGCUCUACGAAAAAAUAACGUGCAGUUAAAGCGACCCAAACCGCCGGAAGAAGUAGAAGAAGAAACUGAGGUACUAGACGAUGAAGCGGAAAUAAACCUGGAUCGAAUCGAAGAAGAAAUGAUGGCCGCCUACUCGGACGAUUCCGACGAGGAAAACAUAUUCCGUUUGCACGACAUCAAGCCACCCAAAAGGGAAAUCAUCACCAACGAUCUGGUUGCAAACAUAGACGAGGAAGCAUGGAAACAAGAAGUGGAAAGAGUGUUGCCUCGACUGAAAGUAACCAUCAGAAACGACAACAGAGACUGGAGGUCCCAUUUGGAACAGAUGAAGCAACACCAAGCGAAUAUCGACGGAAACUUCACCACGACCAAAGGCCAAUUGGACAAACUCCACAACGAAAUCGGCAAUUCGAUAGACAAAGUGAACAAACGAGAGAAGUACUUCAACAGGGAACUCGAGCCGAUCCUGGAGGAGUUCCGCAGCUUGCAGGAUCAGCUCUCCAAGUUGAAAGACACCUACAAAAACGUCAGUACAGGGGUGGCUGAGAGAAACCGGGAGCUCUACAAGUUAACAGAGAAAUUGGAAACUGUCAAGCAACAGAUGGAGGAACGGGGGAGUUCCAUGACGGAUGGAACUCCGUUGGUGAAUAUCAAGAAAGCCGUGGCGAAAGUCAAGGGGGAAAUAGUGGAGAUGGACGUGAGAAUCGGCGUAUUAGAAAGCGUCUUAUUGCAGACGAAAAUCAGGGAAGAGAAGCAAAUCGAAAACGAAUUCGGCCAGUCGAUUUCAGUUUAUUGAAUUUAGGUACUAUUUAAUUUACAUAUACAAACGUUCUAGUCAGUCACCGAUUUCAUGUAUUUUACCACGAAAUAAUAAACAAUACAGUAAAUAUACUUUCUAUUUAAUAUCAACGUCCUGUUUAAAAAUAAACUCCUCUUUAUAACCGCUUGUAUCAGUACAACUGUUUUUACAAGUGUAAACGAGUAAAGUCCCCCAAUCGAUAUCGGUCUCCUUUAAAUACGAUAACAUUUGCGGCAUUAUUUGAAACUCGAACUGUCUCGGUCCUUGGCAAUGUUCGCAAUCCGGUACUUCUUCUGGAACAGGCUCUUUAGAUAUCCAUAACGGUUGUCCGCCUCUCUUAUACCGAAUCACUUGCUCGGGAUUGUGUUUAACAGUUUCUUGAAAUUUAGUAAAAACUUUAUCGGUAUCAUUAGUAGCAUGAGCGUCUAAUUCCGACUCCGAAGCCUCUUCUAAACUACCAAUUUUGCCUUCUUCUUUCAACUGUUCGUAUUUCUUCAGCUCGUCUUCCUCUGUGGAUGCGCUUGCGGUAAUUUCUUCGGGUUCGGUGAUGAUUUCCCAUUCUAGAAAGAGUAAUUUGGAGUUUUUCUUCACUUGCGUGGUAUUGUCGCUUCCGCACUCCUUCUUAUGACCUUCUUUCCAAUCUAGGAUCUGGUGAUUUCGACUGCAGUAAUGGGUGUUUUUGCAUUUGCUGCAUUGUUUUUCAGCCAAGCAACCACACAAAUUGCAAAGUACAGCCCAAGUGGCUAGAGUAAAAUCAGGUUUAGGCCUAUCUUCGGGCGGAUCGUACGGAUAGUACUUGUUGUUCCUCUGCAAACUGCUCCUAAACACCUUCAUGUUGCCAUUAUCGUUUCGUUCGCAACACUCCGAAUUCCUGCAUACAAACAAGAAUAUGGUCCUGUGGAAAUUGUUCAGGUAGUUAUCGAAGGAUUCUUGGAUGUUUUCUUCGUACGGAGCGUACAAUUGACACAAAAAUACCAUGGUGUUUUUGCAUUUCUUACAUUGGAGCUGAUCAGACGAGGGCAGUUUCUCCAAAUCCAACCACGCUGGUUUUCCGCCAACUUUGCUGGGAAACAACCGGCUCUCUACUUGCCACGGUUCGCAAAUAUCCAAAAAACCCAAUUCAACACCUCCUUCAUUCAUUGUUACUUUAAUUAAUAUUUAAAAAUUGUAAAAUUUUCGAAAUAUUCACAACUUUUUUUAAGGUUAGGUUCAUCUAAUUUGACAGGUGUCUU